CGCCAGAAUCGACUAUACAACGUCCGCCUGUCGCAUAUCGAGCAGGUCAACCCAUGCGUGCGACUGCUGCAACUAACCAUCCCCCCCGAGGUGCAGAGUCCGGAGGAGAACAACCAAGAAAGCGACCAAGAAAGUCCCACCCCGAACCAUUGACCUUCCUCCCAGGCCAAUGGCUCGACGUCCAUAUCCCCUCCAUCUCCAACGCAGGAGGCUUCAGUAUCACAUCCACCCCCGCGGACGCACAAGUCCUUCCCUCGCUGGCCGAGACAGCCUCCGUGGAAGCCAUCGCCAACGAUGAAGCGGGCCUGCCCCCGCUCAACUCCGGGGGUCGGUCGCCAUACGUCGAGCUCGCCGUGCGCCACGCGCCCUCGAAUCCGGCCAGCGCGUGGCUCUGGAGGCCCACGGAGGAGAUCCUGGGUUCCGAGCUUAGCAUCCGUGUGGGAGGGAGCUUUGUGUGGCCGCCGUCCGGGGUGCGGUUGACUGAUAUCCAGAAUGUGGUUUUCAUUGCCGGAGGAGUGGGAAUUAACCCUCUCAUCUCCAUGCUCUCCCAUCUAAACAAUGACGAUGAGAUAACCACCACGCUCCGCCAUCCAUCCUUCAACAUCCACUUCCUGUAUUCCACCAAACUCCCCCAGCCAGGGACGACGACAACAACAGCAACAGCAACAGCACCCGCACCCGCACCCGCACCCAUUACCCAAUCCCCCGAGAGCGCACUGGACCAGAUCCUCUUCCUCUCCCGACUCCGACAUAUCGUAAACAUCCAGUCGCAGCUCCGUCGUCUCCGGAUCACGCUGCACCUGUUCAUCACGAACCUAGACGAGAAGAAGGCCUCUCCGCUUCUCGGACACCCAUUCGACGAUGACGAUGACCUGCGGAUACACCGUCGCCGGAUCAACGCCGAUGAUCUGCGGGCCGCCGCGGCAAGCGGGGACGAUGGGACGAUCGAGCCGGGAAAGACGGUAGCCUACGUGUGCGGACCGCCGGGCAUGACGGAUGAGAUCGUGGGGAGAUUGGAGGGGUUACUUGGUGGCAGAGAAAGGGUGUUCUACGAAAAGUGGUGGUAAUCAAAAAACAAAAGGGGGGAGGGGGGAUCCAUACCAUAAAAUUGGUUGGGAGAAAAGUAAGAAAGAAACCACAGUAGUCCAGAACAAAAAACUCGAUAAACAACGAUAAUGCAUUCAAAUAGCA